AUGUUGGCUCUGAAAGACGCCGGAGUCGUCGGAGUGUCCGUGGCUCUGGCGGGGGGAGUCGCGUAUCUAAUCUGGAACUACGCGUCCUCCCACGGGAAGAAGCAGCGCGAAGCUCGGCCGAAAGGAGAUGGGACCGGUACUCAAAAGGAGGACGGAAAGAAAAGGGAGGAGAAGCAGGAGGUCAUAGAGGAGGCCGUAGAGGAGGCUGAGGAAACGGCGGUGGUCUCCGCUGCUGCUUCUACUGUUGCUGCUGCAGCUCCUAAAGCACCAGAGGUAGUUAUACCGUUGACUUUAACGGACACGCCUAUUCAAGGACUUUUGAGCAUUCAUUCAAUAUCCUUAAAAUAAAAUAAAAACAUAUAUAUAAAAUGAUAUAAAAUACCCUUACUACUUAGACUAGACUAUUAACCUUGAACACUAUAGCUAAAAUUAGUAACCCCAUCACUAUCGCCGGUGAUUUUUUGCCGAAAUAAAAAGUACUUGUCAUCAAAAUAGGACAGUACAUGACAAAUUAAAGUAGUUUUCUUUUAUUUUUUAACUGUGCAAUGUCCAAAGAGAUGGGGGGGAAAAAAGUGCCAUGAAGGGACCAUGUAAAAAUGCAACAAAAUAACUGAAAUUAGGCAUUCAUGAACAAAAAAUCCUUAAAAACAACAACAAAAAUUAGAUAUAUGUAGACACUGUACACGUAGUUCUUUUCCACCCAUUCCUGGGGCAUGUGAGUCUUCCCUGGUUAGACUCAGGGUUCUUGGCACAAUAACAGCUGCAGGAGAGAGAACCAAAAUAUGGUGUAUAGUGAGUAAAAAUGACCAGCUGACUAAAACAUUUCUUAUCACCAUAUGAAUUCAGUUGAAAAGCACUACUUUGCGAUAGUUAUUCAUAUAGCAUGCAAAUCCCAGGACCACUCUUACUGACCUUAUUCACCUACAUGCAGCUAUCAAAUCCACCCAAACCUACUUUACCCUCUAUCACUAUUGUCCGGUGAAAAUCACCCUGUGAACAUGUGCCUGUAGGAAAAAGCAGGUUUUCAAAGAUGUCAAAGGCAAUGCUGAAGCUACCAGGGACCCAUGAUACUCAGACAAACGCAACAUAAUGAUAAUCACGUGAACAUGUUUGGUCAGCGAUAGUGUUCUAGGGUUAAUGAGGUCCUAAAUGUCCACUGAUAGUUCGAGACCUUGUAGAGAACUUGUCAGGUCUGAAAUAUGACACAGUAACACUACAGUAAUUAUGUCAUGCUACUUAAAGUCAGCUUGACCUACUGACCUACAAGACUCAUAAUGUUUGCUAGUUCACUACUUAGUGCAAAAUAACAAACACUUUUUAAAACCCAACUGUCUUUGAGUUUACCAUCAUUGCAGAGCACCUCAUGAGUCCGCUGCUUCACCAAUGUCACAAAACACGAGAACUGGCAGGAGAACUUUUGGAUUGUAGGCCUGGUACUUUUCAGCUGGUGCAGCUCAAUGCGGUGGAUUCACCUGGUGUGGCGGUAGAGCUUAGAGCUGCAUCAGAUGCCAAUAGGGUGUGCAGAUCUCUGACACAACCUCAUACUAUUGCACAUCGUCUUGGUUGUUUUAGUCUUGUGGCUAAUACAGAGGCAUAUUUUAAAUGAUGAGUCUUUCUCUGUAGGUUAAAGUCUGUAAAACGACCAGAACCUCUUGGAUAUAAAGUUUACAUUAUGUUACAGAAGCCAGAACAUGAUCGGAAAAAGACCGUUGUCUUUACUCAACAUCAGGUAUCUAAUAUCUAAAUCUUGUCUGUGUGUGCAGCAGUCCAAGCUUGUUGAGUCAGCUGGGACGCAGGUUCUAGUUCUGGGUCUGGAUGGAGCCGGUAAGACAAGCCUGCUGCACUGCUUGGCUACAGGAUCCCUGGAGCAGGACAUGGAGCCGACAGAGGGCUUUAACGCUGUCUCCAUAAACAGAGAGGACCUGCACAUCGAGUUCCUAGAAAGUAAGUCUGAAGUGGUGUAAACAGAAGAGCCUGUCAUGAAUCUGACCAAGAGUCUGUGUCACAAUCACCUGUCUGUCUUGUCUGUGUUUGUCUGUCAGUUGGAGGAAAAGCAGAGCUGAGGCCUUACUGGCAGAGGUACAUGCCCAAGGCUCUUAUGUUAGUCUUUGUGGUCGACUCCUCCAAGCCGCAGCUCUUCCCUCUGGCUAAGACGCAUUUACACGAGCUGCUGGCCACUGACCCCAGCCUGCCUGUGAUGGUGCUCGCCCACAAACAGGUGAGUGUGACAGCAAAACACUCCAGACUGUUGUCAAAGAAGGCUGCGGGCCUCUUGUCCUGAAAUAACCUUUAAGAUAACUGACGUCAGCGAGAAGUCAGAGGUUAUGCACUAAAUUCAGCUCAGGAAAUUGUUUGGAUUAUGUCAGAAUAAAGUUAAUAAAAAAAAAAGAGGUCUUGUUUUAUUUGACUGAAACUCUGUGGAGCAAAAUUAAUUCUUUUUGAUGUGAAAAUAGCUGCAAACAACGAAAUAAAUCUGCGUUUUGAACAAAGUUAGGGGCUGUUUUUAUUGACCCCUGACAGUUUUUCAUUUUCUUUUAAAACUAGAUCACACUAUCUGUUGUGAUUUUCUUUGUUAAAUAGAUCCAUGCUCAGAAAAUGAGUAUGAACAGAGCAGAUUUGCGUUGCUGAGGUUCAAGUGUUUAGAUCAACUUAUAUUGAAGGGAAAUCUAUGAAGCUGUUUGCCGACUUUUCUGUAUUAAAGCUCCAGUAAGGAACUUUUAUGGCACUUCCUGUAGACAAAGUAUUGAUGAAAUCGGGGUGAUCAUGUUCAGUCAUUUAGCCAACUAAUUGUGCACACCUCUAUUUGAAAGUCGGCGAAUGUUAUAGAUACAGAUUUUGAACAUAAUUUUUGUGCACUGUAAAUCUGUUAAAUAUAUUCCUUUCACUUUAAUCAACCCAAAGUCAGUAUUUUCUCUCACAGGAUCCAUCUUUUUAAUACCCUCGAAACAAGACAAGAAUGAACAAGUUCUUUGCAGAUCUGUCAAAAUCUGACUUUAAAAAGUUAAACAGUAGUUUUCCUGUUGUCCUCGGAGGCACAUUCACUGGAACCUGUUCUGUCUAAAGGGUGUAUUAACUAUACAAAAUGAAGAGAGAGACAGUUUUUAAAGUGUGUAUUAUUGUUUACUCUUGUUUCCAGGAUCUUCCAGGAGCCGGGACCAUCACCGACCUCCAUGAAGACCUGUGUCUGUCGGAGGCUGGGGACCGCAAGUUGUUCCUCAUCGGCACCCACGUCAAGAAGGGAGACUCAGAGCUCAGCUCAGGGGUUCAGGACGCUCGGGACCUUAUCUUCCAGAUGGUUUGUGAUGGCAGAUAA